CGUCAUACGUCACGCAAUAGGAAUUAUACGCGUAGUCAAAGUCGCGAAAUUGCCCUUUAAAGAAGCCCGAGCCUCUCGAGCACGGGCGCGACCGGAACGGCAUGUAAACAUGCGGAUCAGCUGUGGCUGGAUCCGGACCGAGAGCGAGCGUGGCGUGUGAGCGAGGCCAGACAUCGAGGCUCGGGGCGGAGCGGCCCAGCGACGUCAUGUCGAUCGAGUACGUGCUGGUGAGCGAGGGCGAGCAGGACGAGCCCAUCGAGCUGCCCACCGAGGAGGACGGAUCGCUGCUGCUCAGCACCGUGGCGGCGCAGUUCGCGGGCGCCAGCGGGCUCAAGUACCGCGACCGCGCCGCCGGCCGCCUGCGCGGGCUGCGCCUGGUGGAGCAGCGCCUGUCGCCGCCGCCGGGCGGCUGGGCGGCGCACCGCUACUUCUGCGCGUUCCCGCGCCGCGCCAGCCCCGAGCCGCGCUCCGAGCCCGACGAGCCGAGGCCGCGCUGCUCCGACCUCAUCGUGCUGGGGCUGCCGUGGAAGACGGGCGAGGAGGCGGUGCGCGAGUACUUCGCCGCCUUCGGCGAGCUGCUGAUGGUGCAGGUGAAGCGCGACGCCGCCACGGGGCUCAGCAAGGGCUUCGGCUUUAUCAAGUUUGCGGAUUACGGCGCGCAGCUGCGGGCGCUCGGCCGGCGGCACCUGAUAGACGGACGCUGGUGUGACGUGCGCGUGCCGAACAGUAAAGAGGGGGGUGGCGGUGCACCCCGUAAAGUGUUUGUGGGCCGCUGCACGGAGGCCCUGUCGGCUGAUGACCUUCGUGAGUACUUUGCUAACUUUGGCCAGGUUACUGAUGUGUUCGUACCCAAACCGUUUCGCGCAUUCAGCUUUGUGACGUUCCUGGACCCGGAGGUGGCGCAGUCUCUGUGCGGGCAGGAUCACAUCAUCAAAGGCGUGUCGGUGAACAUCAGCACUGCAUCGCCGAAGCGUGAGCGUGGCCGAGGCGCCUUGCUCGGCUGGAAUGUGCUGCCGGAGCCGCGGGUCUACAACUGGGUGGGCGAGGCCUGGCCUCCGCCGCCCACGCAAGCUCCACCACUCGACUCCAAGCCCUACCUCAAAUAUGAGUGACCACUGUACAUACUUUGUCCACGGACAUGCUCUUCUCGUUGAUUGCUGUCAGAUUUUAUAUGAAAGAAAUGUGUAAAUAAUAUAAUAUAAAUAGUAUGAAGUUGUC